CACAAACAAUUUCAACUUUCAACUAAACGGAUGUCACGCUGCUGCAUAGCGGAGCCAGUUGAAGCGAUAACAUUGGCAGCAGCCGCAUCUUACUCUCUCUCUUACUCACUCUCUCGUUUCGUCCCGCGUGAAAUUUGGAAUUUCGUUGCCGUGGCCGUAGCCAUAGCGCGUCGCUUCAGUCGUUUGCCAGUGGCCCGGCAUGCCGGUACAUGAAUCGCAUCGCAUCGCUUCGAUUCUUGCUUUUUCGCUCGUUGUUUGUUGUUGCUUCGCGUCGCGUUCACAGCAACAAAUAAAUAGAAAAUAAAUCAACAAAAAUGUGCAAAUAAAUUCGAUUAAAGCGCGAGAUUCAAUCGCAAUUGGUUGCUAGUCAGUUCCGCCCAUUGCAUUGCGUUUAAAGUGGGUGUCAAGAAUACGAAAACAAUGCACCAAAUUAAAUUGCAGUGUGCAGCGUGUGAAUAACAUAAACAAGCCAAGUAAACCAAAGACCACAAAACAAGCAGUGCUGAAAGAACAAAAAAGAAAGCAACAAGAUUUCGACAAGAUCAACCAGAAUCAAAAUGAUGGCGCUCGAUGGCAAGGCGAUAAUUAAGGAGGAAAUUACCGACAAGGACGCCUAUGACGCUGCCACAGCGGCAGCAGCAGCAGCGGCAGCAGUAGCGGUGGCCACAUCGACAGCUGCCUCAUCCGCGUCAUCAUCAACGACGUCAUCAGCAGCAGCAGCAGCGGCUGUGGCAGCAGCGGCCACUGCAGCAACUGCGGCUGCAAUUAGUCGACGGCUUAAAGCCAACAGCAGCAGUAGCAGCAGCAGCAACAGCAGCAACAGCAACGGCGACAAGAGCUCAUCCACCUCCUCCUCAUCCAACAGCGGCAAAGACAUGUCCAUCUCCGCCAGCAACAACACAUCCAGCAGCCAGCACACGCCCAAUGGCAGUCGCGAGCGAGAGCGUGAAAGAGAACGAGAAAGGGAACGGGAACGGGAACGAGAUCGUUUGUGCCGAACACCACCGGACUCCCCGCCUGAACCGGCUCGCAACAUGGCGCCGCAUUCUCCGCACUCUCCCCCACAGCAGCUGCAUCUGCAUCAGCGACCACAACGCAAUGCGAGCGCCUCGCCCGUUGUGAAUGGCGGUGGCGCCAGCUCAGCCACAUCCCCGACGCCGGGAUCACAACAUGCCGCAUCCCUGGCAGCCGCCGCUGCCGCAGCCGCUGCAGCAGCUGCCCACGUGGAGCAGGCGCGUCUGUUGUCCAAGCUGCGCAAGUUUCUGGGCGCCUUGGUGCAGUUCUCCCAGGAACUCGGCCAACCGGAGGUGAGUGAACGAGUGCGUGCUCUGGUACUCUCGUUGUGCAGUGGCGCCAUCUCGCUGGAGGAGUUCCGACUGGCGUUGCAGGAGGCCAUCAACUUGCCGCUGCGUCCGUACGUGAUGCCGCUGCUCAAGAACAGCAUGGUGCUGAUGCAGCGCGAGAUUAUGGCGCUGGCCAGGGCCACCAACCAAUCGCCGCUGCAGUAUGUGACCAGCAACGAGCAGUCCGUAAUGGAGCUGACGCCUCACGGCGUGCCGAGUGCGGAAUUCGCUGAUAUCUUCGUGCAACUGGAGGCGCCACCAGCGACGUCUGGGAAUGUGAAUGGUGGGUCACUGUUCAAGCGACGCUCCUCGGACUCCAUGAUGGAGCACGGCGCACACAACGGACUCCAGGAGUGGAGCGAGUACAUGGCCAGCGGAGGAGGCGCCAACGCAGCCAAUGCAUCAGGCUACGCUCCAGCUAGCAAGCGACUGGCCAUGCAUCCGGCUGGAGGUCACUCGGUGCUCGCCUUCGACUACAGCGCAGCGGCUGCGGCUGCCGCUGGCGAUGUGGCAGUUGCGGCAGGUUUCAUGCAACGUGACGAACGCGAAUUGCAGCCCGCAGCCAGCAGACAUGCUCCGCCCCAGGUGGCAAGAGGCAACAAUGCCCCUGCAGGUGCAGCACUACCAGGCGCUGGCGUUGGAGGUGGCGGAGUGGGUGGUGCUGGGGGAGCUGUUGGGGGAGUUGGUGGCGAGGAAGAGUGGAAGAACAUUCACACUAUGCUCAACUGCAUCUCGGCAAUGGUGGACAAGACGAAGCGAGCCAUCACAAUACUGCAACAGCGGGGCAUUGAGCCACAGCAUGGCAGUGGCAACAGCCAGGAGGUGACUCCGGCUGCUCUCGCCGAGCUGCGUCGCCAGACCGAGGAGAAGGUGGCCGAGUUCAAGCGGAAUGCAGAAGAUGCCGUCACACAGGUGAAGCGUCAGGCAGUCAUCGAGAUCCAAAGGGCGGUGGUGGCAGCCGAGACACGUGCUGCAGAGAUCAUGACCCAGGAGCGACUGCGCAUGGAGAAGUUUUUCAUGGAGAUGAGUCGUCAUUCCAGCGGAGAGCGCGACCUGGACAACAAGUCGCCUUCCAUAACCAGCGCACAGAAUGGCAGCAACUUGCAACAGCAGUGCUGGAAUUGCGGUCGCAAGGCAACUGAAACCUGCUCCGGCUGCAACAUGGCUCGCUACUGCAGUGCAUCGUGUCAAUACAGGGACUGGGACAGCCACCACCAGGUCUGCGGCAACUCACGAGCCAGCGAGCUGAGCGCCAAGCAUCUACACUCGACUAGCGCCAGCGGACAUCGCAGCGCCAUGGCCACCCGCUCCCCUCCCACUCCCACAGCAGCAGCUGCCGCCGCCGCCGCUGCGUCGGCUCAUCUUCAGGCAGCCGCAGUUGGCGCUCGUGAAGCUGCAGCAGCCGCAGCAGCUGCGGUGGUUGGUGGCACUCCAGGCAGCGGGGGUGGCGGUGGUGUGGCGUCUGUGGGCGCUGGCACGCCCAGUGCGCUGGUGCCCAAUGGCCUGGGCUCCAAAUGACGCAUUCGCAUGAUGAAACCCAAGAAGAAGUACUUGUGCUAGUCAAAUUAAACGUGGCGAUUGGAGGCGGACGAGGAGAUGGAGGCGCCAAUACCAUAUAUGAUUCUCUGAUUAUAUGAUUAUAUCAUAACCUACAUAUACGAUUAUGCAGUUCAACUAAAGAUAAACCUUAACCAAAAAAACAAAACACAAAA